GCAGGCCUUUUCCGCCUGUUCUCUGCCUGCCUUGUUUCCGCUCCUCGGGUCGCUCUGGCCUCUGGGCCCGGGUGCCUCAGUACUUUCCGCCGUACCCAGGGGUUCGCUCCGCAUUUCGACUCUCUCCGGGGCUCGGAGCCACGCGGCGGUGCGUCUUGGUGGCGCCGCCCGGGUCGAGGCCUGCCGCGCCGCGGCGAGCUCGUGCAGACCUGACCCCGCGUCUCCCCAGCUCCGUUGAGGCCGCCGCCUCGGGAUGCCCCGCCUGGGGUCCGCGCCGCGCUGGGCGGCCGCCGCGGGCCGUUGGGGCUGCAGGCUGCUCGUGCUGCUGCUGUUCCUGGUGCCGGGCCCCGGCGGCGCCUCCGAGAUCACCUUCGAGCUGCCCGACAAUGCCAAGCAGUGUUUCUACGAGGACAUCACGCAGGGCACCAAGUGCACCCUCGAGUUCCAGGUUAUUACUGGUGGUCACUACGAUGUAGAUUGUCGGCUAGAAGAUCCUGAUGGUAAUGUGCUCUACAAGGAGAUGAAGAAACAGUAUGAUAGUUACACCUUCACAGCCUCCAAAAACGGGACAUACAAAUUUUGCUUUAGCAAUGAAUUCUCUACUUUCACACAUAAAACUGUAUAUUUUGAUUUUCAAGUUGGAGAAGACCCACCUUUGUUUCCUAGUGAGAACCGAGUCAGUGCUCUUACCCAGAUGGAAUCUGCCUGUGUUUCAAUUCAUGAAGCUCUGAAAUCUGUCAUUGACUAUCAGACUCACUUCCGAUUGAGAGAAGCUCAAGGCCGAAGCAGAGCUGAGGAUCUAAAUACAAGAGUGGCCUACUGGUCAAGUGUGGAUACUAGUCAAAGCCAUCAGACGUCAGAUUCCAGGCAAUCUGAAGACAUCUCCCCGCAUGGUGAUGCUGUGUGCAGCAGUACUGCAGAGAUGCCAGCAGGGGGGCAGGAGGGAGUGGAGGAGAGCCCUGAAGAGGACACAGAAGAAGAGGUGUUCCUCAAAUUUGUGAUACUGCACGCUGAAGAAGACACAGCUGAAGCCCUCCGAGUCCAGAGCCUGCUGGAAAACGACUUUGGCAUCAAGCCUGGAAUCAUCUUUGCCGAGAUGCCAUGUGGCAGACAGCAUUUACAGAACUUGGAUGAUGCUGUCAACGGGUCUGCCUGGACUAUCUUACUGUUGACUGAAAACUUCUUAAGGGACACCUGGUGUAAGUUCCAGUUCUAUUCGUCCCUCAUGAACUCCGUUAACAGGCAGCACAAGUACAACUCCGUCAUCCCUAUGCGGCCCCUGAACAAGCCCCUGCCCCGAGAGAGAACUCCCUUUGCUCUACGGACCAUCAACGCCCUGGAGGAAGAAAGUCGUGGCUUUCCUACCCAGGUGGAAAGGAUUUUUCAGGAGUCUGUGUACAGGAUACAGCAAGCUAUAUGGAAGGAGACCAGAAAUAUGGUACAAAGGCAAUCUGUUGCCUGAGACAGCACACACAACACACGACAGACUCUUGUUUUGUAAAACAAAGGAUUUAUCUUCACUUGCGAAAACAAGUUCCUAGAAGUUUCAAUGAAGGAGAACCUUCCGCUUACAGAAACCUGUGGAGCCCAAGAAAGAUAAAUUUCUGCAGGACCGUCUGUAGAACUGUGGUAUUUGUUGAUGUUUCCAUAAACUGGGAAUCUUCAGAGUUUCAAGAGCUCUGUUUCC